CGGCGCUGCUGAGCUGCUACUUCACCGCCACAGGAUGCCUAGCUAGUGUGUUUGAGGAAACAUCAAACUGAAAGUAGUGGACCUCUCAGUCAGUGGAAAACUACGCUAACUUUGACCCUUUUACCAAAGGACAGUUUUAGUGACGGGAAAAAAUGUCUCGUAGAUAUGAUUCCCGAACAACCAUAUUUUCCCCUGAAGGACGUCUGUAUCAGGUGGAGUAUGCAAUGGAAGCAAUCGGUCACGCUGGAACAUGCCUGGGGAUUCUAGCCAAUGACGGAGUGCUCUUAGCAGCAGAGAGACGCAACAUUCACAAACUGCUUGAUGAGGUUUUCUUUUCUGAGAAGAUCUACAAGCUCAAUGAUGACUUGGCCUGCAGUGUUGCUGGGAUCACAUCAGAUGCUAACGUACUGACAAAUGAGCUGCGGCUAAUUGCACAGAGAUAUUUAUUGCAGUACCAGGAGCCAAUACCCUGCGAGCAGUUGGUGACAGCCCUGUGUGACAUCAAACAAGCAUACACACAGUUUGGUGGUAAGAGGCCAUUUGGUGUUUCUCUGCUGUACAUGGGCUGGGACAAACAUUACGGCUUCCAGUUGUACCAGAGUGACCCCAGUGGCAACUAUGGAGGCUGGAAGGCAACGUGUAUUGGCAACAACAGCGCUGCUGCAGUGUCCAUGUUGAAGCAGGACUUCAAAGAGGGUGAGAUGAGUCUGUCUUCUGCUCUGGCUUUGGCUGUCAAAGUCCUCAACAAAACAAUGGAUGUCAGCAAGCUCUCAGCGGAGAAAGUGGAAAUUGCCACCCUGACUCGAGAAGACGGGAAAACAAAAAUCAAGGUGUUGAAGCAGAAAGAAGUCGAGGAACUCAUCAAACGGCACGAGGCUGAGGAGGCCAAGGCUGAAAAGGACAAAAAGGAGAAGGAGCAGAAGGAGAAGGACAAAUGAGCAAAAAUAAUUGUCUUCACCUCGUCACCAAAUUCUGUAGUGUUUUGUCUUUUACAUUAAAAGUUUGGAAACUGA